AUGACUGAAGGAACGGCAACAAUUCGUACGCGCAAGUUUAUGACCAACAGAUUGUUGGCGCGCAAGCAGAUGGUAUGCGAUGUCCUCCAUCCCGGCAAGCCCACCGUCAGCAAAACUGAGAUCCGUGAGAAGCUGGCGAAGAUGUACAAGGUGACACCUGAUGUUGUGUUCGUAUUCGGCUUCAAGACGAACUUUGGUGGUGGCAAGUCCACUGGCUUUGCUCUUAUCUACGACACCUUGGACCUGGCUAAGAAGUUCGAGCCUAAGCACAGACUGGCCAGACACGGCCUGUAUGAAAAGAAGCGGCCCACACGCAAGCAGCGCAAGGAACGCAAGAACAGGAUGAAGAAGGUGCGUGGUACCAAGAAAUCCAAGGUAGGAGCGGCCGCCAAGAAGUGA